AUGACGUUCGGGACACAAGUGACACAAAGCGAUCGCAUUUCACCGAAUAAAGACAGCAUCCAUCACAAAAAUAACUCGAAGAAGAACACAAGAUUUCGGAACGACCGUUCCGUUAAAGUGAAAUCAGUUCAGGAGCCUGCUUCCGUUGUAUUAGAUUCAGGACUCGCGACUACUGUCAACAUACCACGUCGACGACGAAGCGAAAACAGUAGCGACACGGCGCUCAUUCCAUAUGCGGGGCCAAAAUUUAGCAGUCCACCUCAUCCAAGUGUUCUUCCCAAACCGCCAUCACACUGGAUAUCGUCUCCCAUCCACAAUCUCGACGGAGAUUUUGCGGCGAUGUCGCAACAUCUUAGAAUGCUGCUUCGAGUAGAGUCAUAG